GUAACUACUUGAAAAAGGUAACUACUAAAAAAGAGAGAAGCACGAGUCCUUUUAAACAUCAUUUGUUCUGAAGGGAAUAGUGUGAAAAUGAACAAUACACUGAAAUACUGGAAAGAAGCAGCAACUCUGAUUGUGGCAGCCAGAACUUCUCACGGACACUUCCCUUAUAUUCAGCCACAAGUCCAGUUUCCAAAUCAGCAAAACAACACAUCUGAUUAUGAGGUUCUCUUGCUAAAGCGCAGCCAAAAAAGUGGUUUCAUGCCAAAUGCAUUUGUGUUUCCUGGUGGCAAUAUCGAAUCCUCAGACUUUUCCAGUGACUGGAUUAAAGUUUUCAGCAGGUACGAGCAAAAGCCGAACUUUGGUCUGGGUCUGGUGAAACAGCACGACAACCGAUCUCCUAUGUUUACCGCAGACAGUUCAAAGUUUGGCUCCCUUAUUCCAGGGGAAGUUGCAACAAGGAUCUGUGCCAUAAGAGAAACAUUUGAGGAAUCUGGUAUCUUGUUAGUUGUCCCUGAGAAUUUUAAUAGUGAAGACAACCAACAUUUGGUAGAGGUAACUGAUCAAGAUAAAGAGAAACUUUCAAAAUGGAGAGAAGAGGUUCAAAGAAAUCCUUCACAGUUCAUCCAGAUGUGCAAAGAGAUGCGCUGCAUGCCCAAUAUCUGGGCCCUGAAAGAAUGGAGCAACUGGCUUACCCCUGUAAUUUCCCAAGGCGUAAAGAGCAGACGUUUUGAUACAGCCUUUUUCAUUUGCUGUUUAAAUGCAAAGCCUGCUGUCAGCGAUGAUAACAAAGAAGUCACUUCAUUCAAAUGGUGGACCCCCACAGAAGCUCUUGAAGACUACAAGAGUCAUAAAAUUUGGAUUCCCCCACCUCAGUUCUAUGAACUAAGCCGACUCUGCCACUUUGCUCCGAUAAAUGAAUUGCAUAAAUUCAUCGUUAACCGUUCUUUGGAGGGCUGUGAACGAUGGAUGCCAGUUAUAGCACAAUGUGAAGAUGGCAUCGUACAUACAUUGCCAGGAGAUGAUCUGUACCCUGAAGAUCCAGACUUGACUGGGGAGAAGCAAACUGUUGUCUGUUCAAAUGAAACAAUUGAAAAUCUUAUUCAAAAGGGUGGUCGUUUCCACCGACUGGUACUCAUUGAUGGCAAACCAACACUUCUCGUUAAUAUCAAGCCAAAAUAUAAGCACAUCAACCCUCUCACAAUUGAAUCAGAGUCAAAAAAUAAAUUGUAAAAAAAAAAUCUUGAUCAGUAAUAAAUAUAUAAUUAAAUAAUA